AUCCGGUCAUCAGACUUUCACAAUAAACCUCCCGUUCACCAAACCUUACAACCUCAGAUGUAACCAUUUGAUUCAGUCUUCAAAAUGCAAAAAAGGCUACAGGUUUUGAUAGCUAGAUAAACAAAUACCCUACUAUUUAACUAUCUACUGAUCCAGUAGUAGCAGUUUUUCACACAAAAAUUGUUGUUGAUUUUUAAUUACGCGACAAAUUUAUUUUAUUUUGAAGCCAGAGUCGUCAAGCAGACAAAAUUGUGAUUUGUGUACUUCCCCUCGGACAAAAUUAUGAAACACUACACCUCCAUCACGUGUUGAAAAGUAGUACUACACCAGUCGUCCAAAAUAACGUGAAGUCCAUAAUGUAGUGUUGUUUUUGAUUUUGGAUCUGCAGAUGUUUUUAUGGUUUGGACUUAAUCCUUCUAGUUAGACUUAAUAUAAAUUUUUAUUAUACACUUAAUCUAACUUUGUAGUGGCGAUUUGGUGCUCGGGCUCCUUUCCUGCUUCAAUAUACCAUUAAGGUCAAUCAUUUUUUUCCCAGUCUGGUGAAAUAACUUGAAUGCCCUGCACAGAGCUCCUAUUUCACCCCUGCCAAACAUCUUUUGAUGAGCUGGAACACAAGCUGUGAGCCAGGCCUUAUCACACAGCAUUAGUCCCUGACACUGAUGAUCUUGUGGCUACACUGGAGAGAGUCCCUGCAGCCAGGUUCCAAAAUAUUGUGGAAAGCCUUCCCCAAAGAGCGGAGGCUGUAACAGAACCAUAUUAAUGGUCAGAGUUGUAGAGUUAGAUGAGUGAAACAAUCUCACAUGGGUGUAAUGUCUGUGUUCUUUUGGCCAUGUAGUCUAGAUGAUUAGAUAUUGUUUUCGUUUUUUUCUAUUUAGUACCUCACUACAAAUAAGUUAUAUGAUCCAACCCUGGUGGUCACUGGUGGACAGUGUUAUUUCCUGAUAUCCAUGUAUAAAGAGGUCAGAGUCCAAUACAACCAAUGAUAUCAAGCUUCUCCCUCACAGGAGAGAGAAGAGUGCUCCUGGUUACAUAACAGUCUCACAGGAGAACACAGGCUUGAGCCCUUGUUCACAGGAUGGAUUCAUUCUUUUCUGUUAUUGGCUCCUAUGUGGAUUGGGAUAUCAGAGGUCUACUGCUCUUUGCGGCAGUUUUCCUCCUAACUGCAGAUUAUAUUAAGAACCGUCGGUCGGCCAGCUUCCCUCCGGGACCAUUUCCUUUACCUAUUGUGGGCAACAUGUUCUCUGUGAACUACAGCAGGACCCACGAGAGUCUGACACAGUUAGCAGAGACAUAUGGAGAUGUGUUCAGCCUGCGAAUGGGCCAGGUGUGGAUGGUGGUGUUAAACAGGUUUGAUGUUCUGAAAGAAGCUCUGGUAAAUCAGGGAGACAGUCUGGUUGACCGCCCAGAUUCCCCUCUGCAGCAGGAAAUAUCCCAUGGACUAGGUGUGAUUUUCAGUAAUGGGAACCUUUGGAAGCAGCAGAGACGUUUUGCACUUUCAACCCUCAGAUAUUUUGGAUUUGGCAAGAAGUCACUUGAACCUAUCAUCUUGGAUGAAUUCAGACACUGUGCAAAAGAAAUCGAUGGCUUUCAGGGUAAGCCAUUCGCUCCACACCUCAUCAUUAACAACGUUGUCAGCAACAUCAUCUGCUCCCUGGUUUUUGGUCAUCGCUUUGAAUACAGCAAUGAGAAGUUCAAGAAACUAAUGGCGUGGUUUGAGCAAUCUCUUCAGAUUGAAGCCUCUGUCUGGUCACAGCUUUACAACUCAUUCCCUCUGCUGAUGAAGUGUCUGCCAGGGCCACAUCAGACAGUAAAGCAGAUCUGGAGAGAUACAAAGGACUUUGUAAGAGCAGAACUUAAAGACCACAAAAAAAACUGGGAUGCAUCCGACCCAAGAGACUACAUCGACUGCUACCUGAGUGAGAUUGAGAAGACUAAGGGGCAGGCUGACAGUUCGUUUGAUGAAGAAAACCUGAUUAUGUGUGUCAUUGAUCUGUUCGUGGCUGGCUCUGAGACCACAUCCACCACCCUGCGCUGGGCUUUCCUCUACAUGGCAAAGUACCCUGAGAUCCAGGAAAAGGUCCAGGCUGAGAUAGACAGAAUGAUUGGACAGUCCAGACAGCUGUCCAUGGAAGAUCGUGCCAAACUGCCCUACACUGACGCUGUCCUCCACGAGAUCCAGAGGAUAGGAAACAUAGCUCCUCUUAGCCUGCCUCAUAUUACCAGCAAAGAAAUGCAGCUGGCAGGCUACACAAUCCAAAAGGGAAUAACAAUAAUUCCCAAUCUGACUUCGGUGCUGUUUGACAAGAAUGAGUGGGAGACACCCUAUACCUUCAACCCAGGACAUUUUCUGGACAAGGAGGGCAAGUUUGUAAAGCGAGCUGCUUUCAUCCCCUUCUCUGCUGGCAAGCGGCUGUGUCUCGGGGAGAACCUGGCCAAGAUGGAGCUUUUCCUCUUCUUCACGUCCUUCAUGCAGCACUUCACCUUCGCCAUGCCUGCUGGGAAGAAGCCUAUAUUGGACUUCCGCUUUGGCGUCACUUUGGCACCGAAUAAAUAUGAAAUCUGUGCAACCUCACGUUAACAGGCAUUUUUUCCCCCUCUUGCCCCCACUUAUGAUUAUGUUUCAGGGUUUAUAUAAAAAUUAAUCUUUGGUUUUAAGGAAAGACCCCAUUACAUAGGCUCCACUAGUGAUAUCUCUGUGAGGCUUCAAAACUGUGAAAAAGUUAGUUUCUUUCCACUUUUUGUUUUGUUUUGUUUAAUUGUGUGAUCUUUCCAAAUGGGAUUCAAAUUAUUGUUGUGUCAUGAUAAAAAAUUAUGAUGAUAAGAAAUUCUCAUUGCAUGAAUCCAAUAGUAAUGAAGCCUCUUGUGAAUUUCAGGCUACUGCUGUCGAACCUCCAUUAUUCCAAGAUUUCUGUUACUGUCUUUAAUAAAAGUGUGAUACAUCUCA